UCGACAUAUAUUUGGAGUGCGAACUACGAUUCAGAGAGCGAAACACUUAUUUGGGCUGUCGUGGAAAUGGCGUAUUAAGUAGAAAACACACAUAAAUGGAACGAGUAGUACCGAUCUGUAUAUUGCACACAUUAUGUUUCCAUUUAUAUGUGGUGUUAAUAAGUGAAAAAGUCGCACUUAAUUAUAACAUAUUUUUACAUACGGCAAAGUGAAAAAUAUCCGUGACAAAAGAGAAAAACAGUUAUCAUGUUGAAUACACUAUGUGUUUGCCUAUAAUUUGAAGUGAAUAGUCUAAACUUACUUGCAUCUGCAACUUAAUGAAAUGUGGAAAAGUUUUUGCACCGCCAGGUAUAAAGUGAACUAAUGCGUUUAGGCUUUACAGAAUAUUACGGUUCCUUAAACUUUUUAAUGUGUAUUCCGCAAUAGCAAACCAUGACGCUCGAUGAAUUGCAUAAUGAGAAUGCGUCGACCGUGUCAAAGAACGGUGAUAUAUGCUUAGAACAAACAAUUGAAACACAUCAGCAUAACGAUCAGGAGCAAGGAGAUCAAAUGGAUUUGGCAAAUCAAAAACAACAUAACAAGCAUACAGCAGAUUUUAAACCGAAUGAGGCGACUGUAUCGUUUCUUCGAGCGGCUCGCAGCGGUGACUUGAGAAAAGUGCUGGAAUUUUUAGAAUCUAAACAGAUUGUUGACAUCAAUUCCUGUAAUGCAAAUGGCUUAAAUGCACUUCAUUUGGCAGCCAAGGAUGGUUUUAUCGAUAUUGUCAGCGAACUUUUGCGCCGUGGUAUAAAGGUAGAUAAUGCGACCAAAAAGGGGAACACAGCGCUACACAUUGCUUCAUUGGCUGGACAAAAGGAUGUUAUUAGAAUACUUAUCCAGUAUAAUGCAAAUGUAAAUGUGCAAUCAUUAAAUGGCUUUACUCCGCUUUACAUGGCAGCCCAAGAAAAUCAUGAUGCCAGCGUUCGUUUUUUAUUAUCAAAAGGUGCUAAUCCUUCACUUGCUACUGAGGAUGGGUUUACACCAUUGGCUGUUGCCAUGCAACAAGGUCAUGAUAAAGUGGUUGCUGUUCUUCUCGAGUGCGAUGUUCGCGGAAAGGUCCGUUUGCCGGCGUUACACAUUGCUGCAAAAAAAAAUGAUGUUAACUCUGCUACUUUAAUGCUCCAAACUGAAACUAAUCCGGACAUUGUAUCUAAAUCUGGGUUCACUCCGUUACAUAUUGCAGCUCAUUAUGGUAAUGUUGAAAUCGCUAAUUUAUUAAUAAAUCGUGGAGCGGAUGUAAAUUUCACCGCAAAGCAUAAUAUAACGCCGCUACAUGUCGCUUGUAAAUGGGGUAAAACUAAUAUUCUACAACUAUUGCUUUCAAAAAAUGCAAGUAUUAAUGCCACAACACGUGAUGGAUUAACGCCACUCCAUUGCGCUGCACGUUCAGGUCAUGUAGAUGUUAUCGAGAUUUUAUUGGCAAAUAAGUCACCAUUACUUUCGAAAACGAAAAAUGGCUUAGCUCCACUUCAUAUGGCUGCACAAGGCGAACAUGACGAAGCAGCUGAAAUACUUUUAUCACAUAAAGCACCAGUUGAUGAGGUCACCGUUGACUAUCUAACGGCAUUGCAUGUUGCAGCACAUUGCGGUCAUGUGCGCGUAGCUAAGCUAUUGCUUAAUUAUAAUGCGGAUCCUAAUGCACGCGCUUUAAAUGGAUUUACCCCCUUGCAUAUUGCUUGUAAAAAGAAUAGGAUUAAUGUUGUGGAAUUGUUAUUAAAACAUGGAGCAAGUAUUAGUGCCACAACCGAGUCAGGUUUGACUCCGUUGCAUGUUGCGAGUUUUAUGGGCUGCAUGAAUAUUGUCAUAUAUUUAUUACAACACGAUGCAAUUUUUAAUGCACCCACCGUUCGUGGAGAGACACCGCUCCAUUUAGCCGCAAGAGCAAACCAAACUGAUAUAAUACGUAUUUUGCUACGUAAUGGUGCCCAAGUAGAAGCUCGUGCGAGGGAGGGUCAAACACCCCUUCAUGUGGCUUCGCGUCUAGGUAACAUAGACAUAAUUAUGCUAAUGUUGCAACAUGGUGCUGACGCCAACGUUGUUACCAAAGACAUAUAUACACCAUUACACUUUGCUGCCAAAGAGGGCCAAGAGGAGGUUGUUCAGUUACUGAUAGAAAAUAAUGCUGAUUUGAAUUCCGCUACCAAGAAAGGAUUUACGCCAUUACAUUUGGCAGCCAAAUAUGGCAAAGAGAAAGUUGUUGCCCUACUAUUGCAGCGUGGGGCUAAAAUCGACUGUCAUGGAAAAAAUGAUGUUACACCUUUACAUGUCGCAGCCCAUUUCGGUCAUCAAAAAAUAGUAUUUUUGCUACUUGAACGUGGGGCUUCACCAUUAAUUUGUGCAAAAAAUGGUCAUACUGCUCUUCAUAUUGCAGCUAAAAAGAAUGAAAUGGAAAUUGGGCAGCAGCUCUUGCAAUUCGGCGCUGAUCCUGCUGUACGAAGCAAAUCUGGUUUCUCACCAUUACAUUUGGCAGCCCAAGAAGGUCAUAUUGAGAUGGUUAAUUUGUUGUUGGAACAUGGAGUUGAUGCCAAUGUGCAGGCAAAGAAUGGCUUAACUCCACUGCAUCUAUGCGCACAAGAAGACAAAACAGCAAUUGCUCAUGUACUUCUCGAUCAUCAGGCUAACAUAUCUGAGCCUACUAAAGCAGGCUAUACACCUCUACAUAUAGCAGCGCAUUACGGUCAAAUUAGUAUGAUUAAAUUUUUGUUAGAAAACGAUGCUAAUAUUGAAGUGAGUACCAACGUUGGUUAUACACCGUUGCAUCAAGCAGCACAACAAGGUCACGCAAUGGUUAUUAAUUUGUUGUUACGGCAUAAAGCUAAUCCAAAUGCCAUAACGGAUAACGGCCAAACUGCUUUCGGUAUUGCUAAUAACUUGGGAUAUGUUACUGCUGUGGAAACUUUGAAAGUGGUUACCGAAAAAUCAGUGAUUAAUAAAAUUACCGGGGACUUGGAAGAGAAAUAUAAAGUAGUUGCACCGGAAUUGAUGCAUGAAACAUUUAUGUCAGACUCCGAAGAUGAAGGUGUUGAUGAGCACAUUGAUCAUCAUCAAUAUAAAUAUAUGGUGAACGAUGACAUAAAAGCAUCCGAACAGGACAAUCAGAACUUUGACACAACUAAAAAUGAUGAUCACAGCGGCAACCAACAUCAAAGCCAGAGUCAACAGGUGCUGCAAACAGAAGUAUCUGCCGGACAAAGCAUUAUUCCUCAUGAUGCAGAGUAUUUUGCCUCAUGCAGUCAAUAUCCUUUAAAGCUGAUCAAAAAAUUUGCGGUAACUCGUGCGCCUAUUCAAUUGGGGUUUCUGGUAUCGUUUUUGGUCGAUGCACGUGGUGGAUCAAUGCGUGGCUGUCGACAUAGUGGUGUUCGCGUGAUUGUUCCGGCGAAAGCUUGCGCACAGCCAACUCGUAUAACAUGCCGAUAUGUGAAGCCGCAAAGGGUGCACAAUGCGCCACCCUUAAUGGAAGGAGAAGCCUUAGUCAGUCGCAUAAUGCAGUUAUCUCCGGUGGAGGGAAAGUUUUUAGGUCCUGUUGUUUUGGAAGUACCGCAUUUCGGAUCAUUACGAGAUAAGGAACGUGAAAUUAUAAUUUUGCGUUCGGACAACGGAGAUAGCUGGCGGGAACAUACUUUAUAUGAUAGUGAUGAUGUAAUGCUCGAUAUCAUAAAUGAUACCUACAAUGGGGAUCUUAAUCCAAUGGAAGACUUGCACACUACCCGUAUUGUGCGUAUAGUGACGCGCACGUUUCCAUAUUUCUUUGCUGUGGUGUCACGUAUUCGACAGGAGGUACAUGCAAUUGGCCCUGACGGUGGCACCGUCUCAUCGAAAGCGGUGCCGCAGGUGCAGGCUAUCUUUCCGUCAAAUGCACUGACAAAAAAGAUUCGUGUCGGUCUUCAGGCACAGCCAGUUGAUCUUAAUGGUUGCUGCAAGCUUCUCGGUCAAGGUGUGGCCGUAUCGCCAGUAGUUACCGUCGAGCCGCGCCGUCGCAAAUUUCACAAAGCCAUUACACUUAGUAUACCAGCACCAAAGGCGUCCACACAAGGCAUGGUGAACUCUCCGUAUACGGGUAACGCGCCUACUAUGCGUCUGUUAUGUUCAAUAACUGGUGGUCAAAAUCACGCCGUUUGGGAGGAUGUAACAGGCUCAACUCCUUUCGCUUUUGUUAAGAAUAGUGUCACAUUUACUACAACAGUAUCAGCGCGUUUCUGGCUAAUGGAUUGUCGAAACAUCUCUGAUGCAAGUCGAAUAGCUACCGAACUAUACACAUAUAUGACCCAAGUUCCAUUUAUGGUAAAAUUUGUUGUUUUCGCCAAACGAAUUUCAACAUCAGAAGCAAAGCUUUCAGUGUUUUGUAUGACCGACGACAAAGAAAAUAAAACCUUGGAGCAGCAGAAAUACUUCAUAGAAAUCGCUAAGAGUCGCGACAUCGAAGUACUUGAAGAUCAAGAUAUUUUCUUAGAAUUUGCGGGCAAUUUAGUACCCGUGUUAAAAUCGGGUGAAAAAUUUCAUCUUAAGUUUCAGGCUUUUCGAGAAAACCGUCUCUCAUUCAAUGUAUAUGUCAAAGAUCAGGAAGAACCUUAUGGUCGAAUAAGUUUUAUGAGUGAUAUGAAAAACAGAUUAUGUGAACCACCACAACAACCAAUUUGUAUACUGAAUAUAUCAUUAGAAAAUUGCGACUUUAUGCAAAAUUCCAACCGUUUUGACGGAAGCCAAAAAUGUAUAUAUAAUAUAGCAAUGGACCGUGGACUCAACUACAAGGAUUUAUUGAAUGCAGGUUUCAAAUCAACGACACUAAAAACGACUUCUUUAAUUAUGAACAGGGCAGCGGAUUUUAAAGAGCGAGAAUUGACUCACGUAAAUGUAAUGAAACUUCACUCGGACGAUGGCGAUACUACUAUACAUAGAGCUGACGUAAGUUUGUCAGAUAUAUGUAAUAUAAUUGGAAGUGAUUGGAUGAGCUUGGCCAACGAAUUGGGUGUACCCGAGUCCGACAUCGAGAUUAUAAAUGCUGAAUACAUGGAAAGUUCACUGAAAACCAUGAUUAUACUGCGUCUUUGGUUACAACAACAAGGACAUAAAGCUACUGGUAAUGCAUUAGAACAUGCUUUGCACAAUAUAAACAGAAGUGGCAUUGUAAGCAAAUUUAUAUUUAAUAUGGAGCCUGUGAUUGCUGAUAUUGAACGAAGCUUGGCUAAAACUCAGCUAGAAAACUCUAAUAUCAGUGGUUUACGAACGCAUUUUAAUAACAAAAUUAUGAAAGAAAUAAUGUACGACGUUACAAAUAAAAUUUCAGUUUUAAAUGAUUCUCCGUCAAAAGUUGGAAUAAAAAAAGAAAUUGAUAGUUAUGAGGACAGUAAAGGGGAUAUUUUUGUGCCAAUCAAAGUAGAGAAUAAUUCGAAUGAAAACAAAUGCUUUAGUGAUUUAAAGAAGUCGUCUCAUAUUAACACUCCACCACCCACACCGAAUUAUGUAUCACAACUAAUAAGCACUAACUACGAUAUAGAAAAUACAUCUCGAAUUGCUAUGGAGCACACAAAACAAAUUUCAGAGAAGGCGCGUGAGAGCAUUAUAAACAAUGGCUCUCUCCAACCGAUUACUCAACACCCCAAUACUAGUACUUUAUUACGAGAAUUGAACAAUGAUGGAUUUCCAUCUGUUACUGCAGAAAAACAGACGUUAGGUGCUGGGAACGAUGAAAAUGAACAUAUCUGUCAUCAAAAUUUACGAAAACAUAGUGUUCAUCAUUCAAAUGAAGAUGUAUACUUCUAACAGAUAGUUGAUCGGACAAAUGAUAUUAACAUUAUCCAUCAUGUAUAUAAAGGUGUUAACUCAACAUCUUACCAGAGUGAUGGACACGAGCGGAAACUGGGUAUACUUAAAUCGGCUUGACAUACCUGCAACCAGGGGAUGGCUUUUGCAAACACACAAUGAGUAAAACUAAUGACUUACCAGCUGAAGCUAAUAAUAUAUUGGAGAUUUCUUCAAACGAUUUUUCAAAUUCUGUAGAAAAUGUUAAACAGCCUAUAAUGCAAUAUAUCAACAAGUUGAGAAUUUUCAAAAUUUAGCACUAGAGUCAACAACAUGUGAAAAUAAAUUAAGCAAUGCAUCUACUAUUGUAGAUAACUAGAAGCAGUUAAACAUUGUGUCAAAACCAAUUUACAUUUAAGUUCAUCAUAAAUGGACUACAUUUUCAGUUAUUAUAAUAAGCUAAAAAAGGCGAAAGGUGGAUACGAAAACUUGCAAAAGACCAGUUCAGAAAAGUAUUUUGAUAAAAAUGGCGCUUAAGUGCAUGACAUUGUCAUCAAAAACUUCUUGUAGCAUACCAGAAAAAUUGGUAGGAAUUCGUUGAUAAAUAAUAAUUACAAACUCGUGAUGAACGUUUCAUAAAGCAAGCUUAUAUAAAGAAAACUCAUAUACUGUCUGCAUUGUAAAUUUUUACAUAUAAAUAAGUCUAAAUAAAGCGGUAUCUAAAAUCAGCAUAAA